AUGGCCGCCCUGGUGCUCCCGCUGGCGCAAUUGAAGCUGGUGCCCGGCCCGAGCCCGAUCACGGCCGAGCAGCGAUACUGGCGCUCCUUCAAGAGCCAAAAGUCGCACACCUUCCCCGCCCUCGGCCCCGGUGCCGCUACCGCCUCGCACUCGCUCGUGGCCCCCGCCAAGGCCAACGACCUAUUCGCCGUCACGUCAGACCCGCGCGUCGAGCUUUUCUCGGUCCGCAAGCGUGAGCCCCUCAAAACCAUCGGCCGCUUCGACAGCGAUACCUACAGUGGUGACAUCCGCCCCGACGGCCGUGUCCUUGUCGCCGGCGAGGACUCGGGAAAGAUACAGAUCUUUGGCGUAGGCGGCGGCACGCGCGCCGUCGUACUCAAGACAUGGCACGUCCACAAGCAGCUCGUCUGGGUCACACACCGGUCUCCGACCGACCUCACGACACUCAUAAGCGCCAGCAACGACGAGUUCAUCGGAACCUCCCCUUGGAGUCUGGUCUGCGACGCCCGCGACGAGAGGCCAGGAUGA